UGCACUGACACAUUUACAUUUUCCGACAGCCCUUGAAGGCGGCCCCGUCACAGACUGCACACUGCAUACGCGCCGUGGCGGAGAGCGAAGAUGGCGGAGAAUAAUGUCGAGCCGGAGCACCGAUACAGCGACCGCGGCCUGGACACGGACCUGGACCUGGACAACACCGCCGAGGACACUCUGGUCGCGAUGGAAACCCUGCUGGCCACACUGAGAGCCUUCGAGGACGUCCUCACGCAACAAGAAAUAUCCACCGCGUCUUCCACGGAGUACUGCGACAACUUCUGUCAGGCACUGAUGCACUAUGCUGGGAGCAGGAACUCCAUGGAGCAUGGUCUGCCUCUUCUGGAGGUCUACUGUCUGUCCAUAAACUGUUUCGCUGCGGCCCGAUCCCACCUCACUGCGGAGUCCGACAGAGUGGCCCUUGUUUUGAAGAGAUUAGCUUUGAGCUGUUUUGAACUGUUGCUGUCAGUGCCUGAGAAUGAAAUCCCGUAUGAAGCCUGGGUUCAAUUCCACCACUCUGUUCAGCUUGCCCAUGAUAACUUGAUACAGUUUGGAAGCACAGACCUCCAAGCUUUACUCCAGAUCACAGGAGAGGGAGGAGCGUGGAGCAACCCUGUCCUUACGUCUCUCCUCACCGGCCAGCCCACCAACUCAGAAGAAGUUGAUGCAUACAUCAGCUUGGAAGGUGAGGGCUUCAUGGAGAUGCGGGUGAAGCACCUGGAGAAGAUGGGCGAAGCGGCCAAGGCAGUGGUGCUGGCCAAAGCUUGCACUGAAUGCAGCGUCAUCUCCAACCAAGCUACCUUUCGUCAUACUUAUGUCUCCUUGCUUUGUCACCUGCUGCCCAAUGAGGAGGCCAUCAUGGAGAUAUCCAGACUUGACUGUAAGGAUGUUCUGGAGAUCACCUGUAAUUUAGAGACAGAGGGAGAGGAGAACACCGCCUUCAUCUUGUGCACAACUUUCCUGACACAGCAGCUUCAGCAGCAGAGCCUUUACUGCUCCUGGGAGUUGACUCUGUUGUGGAGUAAGCUUCAGAGGAGAAUCGACCCCUCGUUGAUGUCUCUUCUGGAACGAUGCCUUCAGCUAGGUGCCAUUGCCAAAACGGUCCACCAUUUGCUUUGCCUGGUCCGUGUCAUUCAGACAGAGACGGAGGCGAUGGGAGUACCUGCCUCAGUGGAACUUUGUGUCAAAGCCCUUCAACUUCCGAAGCAGGAUGACUCAGAAACGAGGAUCUCUGUCUGUAAGACCAUGUCCUGCCUUCUUCCAGGGGACCUUGAAGUGUUGCGUGCCUGCCUACUCACAGAGUUCCUGCUCGGCCCCAGCCAGGAAGUCUAUGGGUCCCUUGAAGAGCUUUACUUACGCCCAGACCAAAAGUAUGACCAGGAAAGUGAGAUCAUUCCCAACUCGCUCCGCUGCGAGUUGCUACUUGCUCUGAAAUCAUACUGGCCUUUUGACCCCGAAUUUUGGGACUGGAAAACUCUCAAGUAUCACUGUGGCUCCCUUCUGGGGUUGAUGCCGGAGUCAGAUGGGGAAGAGGAGGAGGCGGUGGACAAACAAGAGAAGGGUAAACAACAUGAGCCACAGGGGAUCACAGUGAAAGUAGAACCUGAGCACCAAAAGAGGAUAAAUGGUGUUGAUGGUCAUGAGCAGCAGGAUAAAAAGCAGUCUUCUACCUUAUCAGAAGUCCCAGGAGAAUCAGAGACAAAGAAACACAGGUUCUGCUGUCAGAUUUGUAAGAGGUCGGUUACGGACUCCCAAAUCAUUCACCACUCCAAAAGACACGGAGAUGACCACAGCCACCCCUGUCCUGUGUGCCUGGGAAAGUUUAAGAGCAGAAAGGAACUUGUUCCUCACCUGAAAGAACACGUAAGUGAAGCACAUCUCAACAAAAACAACGUAAAGAAAGAAGACGGAGAGAAACGGCCGGACGAGGAUGAUGAUAUUGAACCAGGCGAGAUCACCAUCGACCCUUCCUUAAUGCAGUAUUACAAAUCCACACAUGAUCCAGAUGUGCUGCAUCACAUCGUGCAACAAGCCAAAACGGUGAAGGAGAAGAAUGUCGACGAUGACGAGCACGUAACAUUCGAAUACAUUGACCAGCACUUCAGCGUGCAGAACCGGGACGAGUAUCCGUGUCCAGGAACCGAUUGCACUCGGAGUUUUAAACAUUCCAAGUACUUGUAUGUCCAUUUAAAGUCGGAGCACAAAGGCGAUGACAACGUGAAACACUUUCACCACUUGAGAGACACGCGGGAGAAGUGUGUUUUUUGUAGACGCCAUUUUGUCUCCGCAUACCAUCACCGCAAACACCGAAGGGUCCACUAUGGUGAUCGGCCUUACGCCUGUGUGGUUAUGGGCUGUGGCGCUCAGUUUAGGACUUCCAAUGAACUUGUCAUGCACAAACAGACCCAUGGCUAUCACCUGAGCUACCAGUGUGAGCUCAAAGGCUGUUACGUCACUUACUCCGACUUGGCACAAAUCUAUCACCAUGAAGCACAGCAUUUCAGAGACGCAGCAUUCACCUGCUCCAGCGCUGAAUGUAGUAAAUACUAUUUAUCCAAAAAAGAAUUCAUAAAGCAUUUAUCCACUCACAACAUCACCUUCUCUGAAGAAGACUUUGAGGCUCAGAGGAAGGCAAAGCGGAAACUUCUUAAGGUGGUCACUGAAGCGACACCCCGCCUUAAUAAGUCAGGUGAUGCAGAAGAGACAGUAAAUGGAGACGUCCUAAGCUCUUCCUCAGUAAGUUGUGCCUCUCCUUUGCAAGCAUCUGACAGCAAGGAGCCCAAAGCAACAAUGACCUUGGUGGCUGUGUGUUUUGAUGGGAGUAAGUUCACCUGUGGUUUUGAGAAGUGUGGCAUGACUUUCUCCAGAGCCAGAGAUGUCCAGAGGCAUCUUAAAUGUGCCCACCCAGAGCACCUUAAACUGGAGAACAAAGAACACAAACAUGACAAAGAGCGGGGCUCAAAAUCCAAAGGGAUAAAGACUGAAAAUGAGCCAGACGGUAAGGAAAAGGGAAAAGAGGAGCUCUCAACUCCCUUUCAACUUGUGGAGGCUGGCAAAGAAAGAAAGGAAGCCACUCAUCCCAAAAAUGAAACAAACUCUUCAAGCCUUGAAACAAAAAAUGAUGCUCUGAGUGAAAUUCUCAUUGGGCUGAGUAAACUGGACCUGAAUUCUUCAUCGCCUCACAGCGUGUCAAGUGAGCCCUCUCAGUCUAAACCAGAGUCUAAUGCAUCACAAAUAUCUCUCCAUCAGGCAAUCAUGGCGAAGCCUCCCGUUGUGUUGCUUCAGAAGAAACCCCCUCCUGAGGUAAAAGUCAAAACUGAACAAGCAGCUGAUGAAGACGACGGUGUUGAAUUAUUAGCAACUGCUAAGCCAUAUAUCUGUGAGAUGAAGGGUUGUGGCUUUAGGACUGCUCAGAGCUACAGCUUGCUGCGACACUAUAACAACCUACAUGGCCGCAGUGUUGAACAAGCCAGAAGGUUGACUUCUCUGAAAACGACAUCUUUUAAGCCUUACGUGUGCCAGCUUUGUUCCAAGAGUCACAGAGAAAAGCAUGUGUUGAAGGCCCACUAUAUUCAGGUUCAUAACCUGAGUGGGAAUUUGGUGGACAAAAUAAGCUGUGCAUCUACACGGAACGAGGGGAACAAAGACCCUCCAAAGCAUAAACCUCAGCACUCGGCGAACCACGGCCUAAAAGUAUGGAAGAAAGAGAUCCCCAAGUUGCAACGCCAACAGGAGGAAAAACCGUCAACCGUGGUGAAAGAAAAUGGACAAAAGUUAGACAAUCAUUCUCCAUCUGAAGAGGAAGGAGAGGAUGAAGCAGAGGUUAAAGAGGAAGACAACGAGCAGAAGGGAGAAGGUGAGGAUAGGACCACACAACAGGUCAGAACUACAAGACGUUUGGUAGCCAAAGGUAAUCUCUGCUAUAUAUUGGAUAAAUUCAGUAAACCCUUUCAUUGUGUAGCAAAAAAUUGUGAUGCCGCUUUUUCCACCCAGGGAGGCCUCGUGCGCCACCUACAGUUGAUACAUCAUUACAAUCGCUCUCAGCUCUUGUUGGAAAAAGAUUGCGAUGAGCAGCACACUCCAGAGGUCCGAAAAGAGCCUUCCAAGAAAAGGCCUCUCUCCUCCGAUGAGCCUACACCCCAAUACAAGUGUCACUUUGCCAACUGUAGCGCUUCCUACCACCUGAAAAGCAGCCUGGUGCGUCACACUCGGGAUAGCCACUCGCAACCACCAGAGCUGAUAAGGUGCAAGUUUGAAGGCUGUACAAGAGUGUUCAGCCACAAUGAUGCACUUAAAAAACAUACACUUUACAGUCACUGUGAGUACUACGAUUCACUGGUGGUGCGUCUGCAGAGCACUCACAAAAAGUCGAUUACUGGAUGCCAAAAGAAGCUAAUCGUCGCACCACAGAAUCCUCAGAAAGAAGAACCUGGUUCAGCCACCACCACACAGGCUGAGGGGUCGAGUCCCAAACCUGAAGCGACCGCCGAGUCAGAGGAAAAGGUUGAGGAGGAGGCUGCCGUGGAGAAGAAAGUGACGGGAGAAAGAAAGAGAGAGAAAAGAUAUUCUUUCAGCCGUUACGUCUUCAGAUCUCAUGAAGAAGCACUACAGAUGUGCCAAGACCGCUGUAUGCCCACGGCCUACCCAUGCAUGGUUCAGGACUGUGACUCUGUCGUCACAUACCUGAAGAGCUUGCACCGCCACUACAUAAGGGUUCACCGCAUGCGUCGAGAUGAUCUUUCUAAGAAUGAAGAUAAGCUAAUGUUUACCGCUGAGCAGCUGGAGGAGUUGAUUCAGAGGAAGUCGGCCAGGCCAACAGUCACAGGAGCGUCUUCCCCUAACGGAGUUCGCAAAAUGGAGUAUCAGGCAGAGCCAGAAAACACAGAGGGGGCGCCUGCACCCAUGAGUUUACACCCCAUCAAGGCCGAAUCACAGGAGGAGGAUAAUCAUGAUCAACUGGGAUUCCCAGAGGAGGAAGAGGAGGAGCCACCACCUCCACCUGUUGAGAGAAAUGGCGUCCUUGUUGGUGCAGAUGAGGUGCUUUACGGUGAGCCGAGCACCGGCGGGCACACUGAAGACAAGCCUGCACCAACGCAGAACACUCCAAAACAGGAGGAGAGAUUAACUUUGGAUCAAAUCAGACCUCUUCUUCGUCCCCUCACUGUUGACCUCUCGCCACCGUGCUCACUGCGCUUUACUGCCGAGGAGGGUUUCCAAAGCGUGUCAGGCAUCAAGGAUUGUGGUAGAAUGUUAGCUCUUAUGCCCGCUCUUCCUGUUCGCCAGCCACUAAAACGGAAAAACGAAUUGUCUGAACCGCCUUCAAACUUGAAAGACGCUCAGGCUCGUACCCCUUCUCCACGCCCUUUCGACAUCGCCGCCUACAAGCCUAUGGGCUUUGAGUCCUCAUUCCUGAGGUUCAUUCAAGAGACGUCCUCGAAAGACAAAAGUGAGGGAGCGGCGAAACGGCGAGACUCUUUCAGACGCAGUUGUUCGGUUAAGGAGAACAACCAGCUGGGAAUCUCUCACACCCGCAGCAGGCGCACUCGUUCCCCACUGCUGAAGCCCUAUGCUGUGACUGGAGACUUCACAUCAGUCCAAAACUUGAAGUCCAUCUUGGACAAAGCCCUGGCCGGGUGUGGGGACCUGGCUAUUAAGCAGCUUCAGUACCUCAGACCGGUGGUGGUCCUGGGGAGACCAGUGUGCACCACCAGCCUGCCUGACCUCUUCCCAUCAGACACCAACAGCAGCAAACUGCUUCUCGGAAGUUAGUUUAACUGAGCACCUUUUUAAUAUAGCUAUGGCAAAUUACUUUGUAUUUUCACACGCUGUACCAGUAUUUUUCUUUAUCCCAAAAUUAUAGUAUUAUGUGUUUUUUAAGUUGCCAAACUGAAGAAUUAUAGAAAUGAAAUUAGCAUUAAGAUUAAAAACAAGCUUAAACAGUGCACAUCAGAUCCAAGUGGAUUGUUUUUUUAGACAUCUGUUAUGAAAGCAUUCAGUUAACAUGUUAACUCAUCUUCAUCACCACCAGUGUAUAUACUGUAGUACUCCAAGACAAUGUACAGAUUUUCAGAUUGUUAGAAAAUGGUCAGUAGCGUAUUGCAAGGCCUUCUCAGUUGUGUGAAAAUGUGACUGAAAAAAAAACAUGUCCUUACUAAAAACAUACUCGAGGAACAUGUUUGGUUAUUUUUCACCUCAGUUUAUAUUAAAGCAGUGUUGGGAUGCAGUGGACAGAUGUUGGCAGACAUGUAUGUAACACUUUCUAAAGAAAUAAAUGUGGAAACCAAUAUAAAGCGCUUUACUUUCUGAA